GCUCUAAGCCAACCAGCGUGAGGAACUCCAGAAAUUCCAGCGGAGUCAUUCUCUUUGAACUGAGCCAGCCAGGAUGGCAGGAGGAGACGGGAGUCAAGAUUCCUGGGUUCUUGGACUGGAAAUACGGUUGGCUGAGCUGUCAACUAUGAAUUAGAGAUCCCUGAGCCAGAAGACUUGUUGGAGGAGAAAAUCAGGUGACCUUGUCGGGAUUUCAAGGCAAGAGAGGUGGUUUGUCAUUUCUUGGCCUCUUCAUCACAACCCUGGACUUCCUUGGGGGCCUCCCAUCCUAAUAUUGACCCCAUCUGACCCUGCUUAGCUUCUGCGAUCUGACAAGACCAGGCCUGCCGGGGAAUCCAGGUCAGGACAACAUGGACGUUAGCCAAUAUCUAUUACGGAUCGGGUACAAGGGUCCCGCCCAGCCUUCUCUGGAGACCUUGCGCCAUCUCCACCGUUGCCAUCUCCUCUCCGUGCCCUUUGGGAGCCUGAGCAUCCACUGUGGGGAGCCAAUCUCCUUGACGUUGCCCCUUCUCUACGACAAGAUUGUCCGGUGCCACCGGGACGGUUUCUGUUACGAGCUGAACGGGCUUUUCUUGUGGCUGCUGCAGACGCUGGGAUUUGACACCAAAGCAGUGUCCGGUCGCGUUCGGAACCGUUUCACGGGACACUACGGCCCCCCUCUGGACCAUAUGGUGAUUUUGGUCCAGUUGGAUGGACGCUCGUUCCUCUGUGAUGUCGGUUUUGGGGAAGCCUUUCUAGAGCCACUGGAGUUGAAGCCGGACUCGGAACAAGUCCAAGAUGGGGGCAUCUUCUGGCUCGGCAACAAGGGGGGAGUUUGGGUCUUGGAGCGCCGGGAAGUUCCUGGCAAGGACGGGAGACCUUUGUAUCAAUUCACCCUUGAGGAGAAGAAGUUGGAGGAUUUUGCUGACAUGUGCCUUUAUCACCAGACUUCGCCCAGUUCUAUCUUCCCCUGCAAAUCCUUCUGUUCCUUGCAUCAGGAAGACGGUGGGCGCCUUACCUAUAUGGGAUGGCGUCUCAUCUCCACAAUGGGGGAGAAACGUACGGAGACCCCACUGCAAAGCUCUGAGAUCCCAGCCGUCCUACGUGAGAAAUUUGGGAUUCAGUUGGAGAGGGACUUCGAGCCAAAGGACGAAAAGAUCAUGCCACCUCCUGAAGAAGGCUGAGAAGGUAGAAGGGAAACGGGUCUCCGAUUUGGACAGCAGGCUAGAAACUGGAUUAUACAUCAUCUCUUUGCACACAGGUUUCAGUCUCUGUCAGAACUGAUGUCAUAUCACAGGAUGUUCCAGAACAUUCUAACUUCAGAAACGGGAGGGGCAGUCAAUUCUGAUGUUCCAGGCAUAGAAAAAAAAUGAUUCCCACAUGGUGCUUUGUCUUCCUACAGCAAGGUCGAGCUGCCCCCAGGUUGUUUUAAUCAAGAAGCAACUAGGGAAAGAUUUGAGGAUGGAGUGUGUGGAAGGCAGGGUUUGGGGAGGGGAGUGGAGUAUAACAGCAUACACUCCACCCUCCCAAGUACGGUUGCCAUGUGACUGCUGCGGAUGGGAGAUCUCCUACCGCCCAUUGGCUCUUGCCUUCUGUCACUCCAAGUGGCCAGCAGAAGAAAGAAAAAAAAAUCACCACUGGCAAUGGAGUGGCAUCAUGUCCAAGAAACCCUGAACAUGAUGCCAGUCCCAUCCAGGAAUUGCUGUAAAUUCUAUAGUUUUGCCAUAGAGAUUCUGGAAAUUCCUAGAGAGGUGGCACCACGCUGUCGCUGCAGGCCACCUCCCAUUUCUCCACCUGGUUGCCCUACUACGCCUGGCCCCCUGACUUCCAAAGCAGCCAGUUUCUCUAGAAGAACUAAUUUUUGUAGUCUGGAGAUCCACUGUAAUUCUGGGAAGUCUCCAGGCCCCAUCAGGAAGCUGGCCAUCCUGUCUGUGACAAUCGAGGAAUUUCCCCCAAUCUCUAUGGUAUUUACUAUAGAGAUUGGGGAAAUUCCUACAGUGUUGUGACAUUACUUCCAAGUAGGCUUCCCAACCCCCAGGUCCCAGCGGGGGAUCCCCCGUUUUGACAGGCUUCUCCCCGCCCCCAGCCAGCUGGCCGGCGGGGGAAGCCCCACCCCCACAGUCCUCCUGUAGUUUUAGAGCUCCGGCAGGUUUAGAAACCUGCAAACAGUUUUUAAAAUGUGUACCUUUAAGGCUGAGCAGGCAGCAGGAAACAGGAAACAGGAAGGGCUUCAUGGGAAAAGAUCAGUAAGUUUCCUCAGAGAACGGCCCCUCUCUUUCUUUUGCUUUCGUUUUCAGAGCAAGCAGGAAUAUUCUGCAGGAACAAGAUCUAGUAAGUAUUUGUGUGUGAGAGAGAGGGAGGGGGCAGGGGAUUCCAAGGUUUGGAGGCCCUCCCCCCGCUUUAGAUAGUGUGGGGGGGAGGGAAAUGUCUACUGGGCACUCUAUUAUUCCCUAUGAAGAACGAUUCCCAUAGGGAAUAAUGGGGAAUUGAUCCGUGGGUAUUGGGGGCUCUGGGGGGGCUGUUUUUUGAGGUAGAGGAACCAAUUUUUUAGUAUAGCAUCUAGUUCCUCUCCCCAAAAUACUCCCCAAGUUUCAAAACGAUUGGACCAGGGGGUCUAAUUCUAUGAGCCCCAAAAUAUGGUGCCCCUAUCCCUCAUUAUUUCCUAUGGAAGAAAGGCAUUUGAAAAGGUGUGCUGUCCCUUUAAAUGUGAUGGCCAGAACUCCCUUGGAGUUCAAUUAUACUUGUCACACCCUUGUCCCAAGCUCCACCCCCAAUGUCUCCUGGCUCCACCCCCAAAGUCUCCUGGCUCCGCCCCCAAAGUCCUCAGAUAUUUCUUGAAUUGGACUUGGCAACCCUACUUCCAGGUGUUCAUCUGCAAGCGAUGUCACAGUGACCCAGGUGCUCCCGCCAAGCCCCACCCCUCAAAAGCUCCCAGGAUUGGCAGCUGCGAGCCUGGCAUGGCAUGAGGAGGCCGGGGUUUCAGUUCUGAAUAUUCCCUUGUCUUCGAGGCAUCCGAUGUGACAUUUUGGAAAGAUACCAUUGCAGCAGUCUGUUUGAAAAAAAAAUGCUGGUCCUUUUCAAAAGCAAUUUGAUCAUUUUUCUAGUGCGGUUCACAGUUUUUUCGAGUUGCACUUAAAGGCCUCGAUAUAAUCUUAAGGACCACAACAGAAUAUGUGAACUUGAAUGCAUGUUGUUAAUGAGCGUAUGGAAAAUUUAUUGUGAAAAAUUCAUUGAAUGAUUAUACGGGUGACUGCAAAUAAUAUCUGUUUCUAUUAUUAGA